AUGGCCGUCUCUGGUUUUGAAGGGUUCGAGAAACGCCUGGAGCUCCAUUUCUUUGGCGAUGAUCCAGCCAUCUUCCAAAUGGGUCUGAGGAAGCUUGAUUUUGAAUCAAUACAAGUUGUCCUAGAAGCUGUCCAAUGCACAGUGGUUUCAGCAGUUGGCAACUCUUACUUUGAUGCCUAUGUGUUAUCAGAAUCCAGCCUCUUUGUUUACCCAACCAAGAUCAUCAUAAAGACUUGUGGCACAACCCAACUUCUCAAAUCCAUUCUUCCCUUGAUCAACUAUGCUGAACAAUUAGGCCUCACACUCUUCUUUUGCCGCUACACCAGAGGAAGCUUCAUCUUCCCCAAGUCACAGCCUUUCCCUCACACCAGCUUCAAGGAUGAAGUGACCUACUUGGAAGAGACCAUCCCUACCAAUCUCUGCUACAAAAAAGCCUCAAUUAUGCCCUCUAAAUCUUCUUCUCAUUCUUGGCACGUUUUCACUGCCAAUGAUGACUCUCACUCUCCACUACCUUAUCACCAUGACAAUGACCUAUUCACCAUGGAGAUCUGCAUGACUGAGCUUGAUCCCAUCCUCGCCCUCAAGUUUUUCCGGCGAGCCGGGGACAGCAAAACCGGCGACUCUGCCGGGAAGGAGAUGACAGAGCUCACAGGGAUCAAUGAAAUCAAUCCAAAUGCACUUAUUUGUGAUUUUGCAUUCGACCCAUGUGGGUAUUCAAUGAAUGGCAUGGAUGGUGAUUGGUACUCCACCAUUCAUGUAACUCCAGAGGAUGGUUUCAGCUAUGCAAGCUUUGAAUGUGUCGGUUCCACUAACGACAACAUAGUCCAUAUGUUGAGGAAGGUGAUUCAGAUUUUCCGUCCUGGUACUAUGUCCAUAUCAACGUCGACGUGCAAUGGUUUCAGCAGCAAUGAGAUUUGGACACAGAUGGCAAGUGCAGUGGAACCUCUGGGAUUGAAAUGCAGGAGUUGUGCAAUGGAUCAGUUCCCAGCAGCAGGUACUGUUGUUUUUCAAACGUUCACAGCUCGCCGGAAAAGUAUUUGA